UAMAAACACUCCAAGGCACAGACUAGCGAUAACAACUCGUCAAAAUACUCAUGACGAGCGAGUAUUCUCCUACCUGCAUCUCAAUCAGUAGGAAUUAAUAUUGCCUGAACAAUUUGUCUGAGUCUUUUCAGUUGUUAAACUUGACGAUUAAGUCAAAUAUGGUUGGCUUUGAAUCUGCUUUGCGAUAAACCUUGGCAUGAGUAUCAACUUUACACUGUCACCGCAGCUUACAKCAUUUGUAAGAUAGCCCGCGAUAUAGCUAAGGUCUUAAUCUAUUGUUUUCCAACGCCAACGUGAUUUAAAUCCUAAAUAGCAUGGGUGUGAAGGCUGGUACUUGCAAAUGCAAUGCUAACAUGCAASGGAAGAAAGAAAACRAAGAAGACACCACGGAACGAACUCGUAAAAAGAGAAGGCGGUGUGCKCCGCUGACUGGAGUGAGUAAACUACGCAAGGCCGCUAAUGCACGCGAGCGAGAACGCGUACGUGUACUCAAUGAAGGUAUUGAACGACUUAGGAAGCUACUACCUGGAAAGGAGUUAAAAAUCAAGCCAACUAAGACUGAAAUUAUUUGGAUGGCUGCACAAUAUAUUUCUGAAUUAAGAGAUAUUCUCCACGAGUGUGAUUUAGAUCAGUCGACAAGUGGGAGCGAGGAGCUUGAMGAAUUCACAGAGACAACCGAGGAAGAAAGUACGGAAGAUACUGCAAACUUGGAAUCCUUGAUGAAAAUCGAUAUUGAUGAGUUGGUGUCAUUCGAAAARCAYCAUCAAAUAUUGUUUUGUGAAAACUGCUAUGAACUUUAGUGAGAUAUUUCCAUUGCUUCAGUAGAUAACUAAAUAGAAGUCAUGAUAAUCAGCAAAAUAGUAUUUUUAUCUACAUGUGCCGGCCUUGCAAGAGCUAUGACUAACUUCUCUAUCAAUAUAAUCACAGUCCCGUCGAAACUUUCUGUCACAGUCCGCCAGGCAAACAACCGGAACUUUUGAAUCACGAAGAAACUGUUAUCAGUCUCAAAACAGAGCAUGUUAGAGUUCCUGAAAAGAACGUUUAUCUCCAACAUCAGACUCUGCAUUAAAUCUAAUCUUCUGUAGACGCAAUACCAGCUUGUGGCCUAAUGAUGAUUAUCAGCCAUAGCGUUUUACUGGACAUUUGAUACGGACUAGGGGAGGGAUAGUUGGGUUUAAGCCUUAGUAUAUUAAUUAAUUAGUUGGCAAUGCAAAUAAAUUUUCAA